CCCGCCGCCCGGGGCCAUGGCGGCGCUGGUGCUGGUGCUGCUGGCGGCGCUGGGCGGGCGGGCCGUGCUGCCGGGCGGGCGCUGCGCGGCGCCGCUGGCCGACCUGCGCUCGCAGAUCUCGGGCGUGGAGACGCUGCUGGAGGAGUUCCGCCGGCAGCUGCAGCAGGAGGAGCCGGGACCGCCGGCGACAGCGGGCGGCGGAGGGGGCGGCGGGGAGCGGUGCGGCGGAAGCGGCGGCUUCUCCGCCAGGCCCGACUCCAUCAUCCGCACCAAGGACUCCAUCGCGGCCGGCGCCACCUUCCUGCGGGCGCCCGGCGCCGUGUCGGGCUGGCGGCAGUGCCUGGACGCCUGCUGCGCCGAGCCGCGCUGCACGCUGGCCGUGGUGCAGGGGCCCGCCCGCCCGCGGGGCACGGCGGCCGAGCCGGGCUGCUACCUCUUCAACUGCACGCACCGCGGCCGGCCGGUCUGCCGCUUCGCCCCGCACCGCGGCUACAGCUCCUACAGCCGCCGGACCGCCGGCGUCGCCCCGCCGCCCACGGAAGAAGAAGAAUACGAUGAGCCUCCACAGUGUAGAGCAGGCCAAGACAUUGUGCUGCAGUCGCCUGUGGACUGGGUGCUUUUGGAUGGCCGGGAAAGCUCCGAUGACCAUGGAAUUGUGCACUACGAGUGGACACUGCUGCAGGGUGACUCAUCGGUUGAAAUGCAGGUACCACAGCCAGGAACACUGAAACUGUCCCACAUUCAGGAAGGCGGGUAUAUUUUCCAGCUGACGGUGACAGACACUGCAGGUCAGCGGAGCUCUGACAACGUCUCUGUGACCAUUCUGCCCAUGGUUCAUUCUGCAGCAGCCUGUGUUGGGGUUUGCUCUCGCUACCAGUUUAUCUGUGAUGAUGGCUGCUGCAUUGACAUCACGUUUGCGUGUGAUGGUGUGAGACAGUGUCCUGAUGGAUCAGAUGAGACUUUCUGCCAGAAUCUCAGCUCGGGUCGGAAGACAGUGACACAUGCAGCUCUUGGCACUACCCAGCAAAGGACUGCAGGACUGACUGAAAACACAGAGGAAAACUCUGCAGUGAACACCCUGAAAGCCACUGCCAGAAAUCAGCCACUUCUCUCAGUGGAUGCAGACAUGUCUAACCAAUCGCUUUCUCAGGGACCAAAGAAACAAAUCAGUGGAUUUGUGCCAGAUAACAGUUCCUCAGGGAAAAGAACAGAUGAUAAAAAUGGGGAUGGCAUAAUGAUGCCAAAGAGAGAUCAGUUUGGAAGUGGUCACCCAGUCCCAGAAACAGGUGCUGUGUUACCCUUAGCCUUAGGCUUGGCAAUCACUGCUUUGCUGCUGCUUAUGGUUGCUUGCAGACUGCGCUUAGUGAAACAGAAGCUCAAAAAAGCUCGGCCCAUUACAUCUGAAGAGUCCGAUUACCUCAUCAAUGGGAUGUAUCUCUAAAACCUGGAUUUGGGUCAGUUGUUUUCUCCCCUUUCUCCUGUGUCCAUGAAUCUCUGCCUCUACAAAAGGACCAAAAUCCUUAGUUUAUUUUCAAGUGUAGAAGAAACCUGUGAGAUGAAGAACAUACUCUUCCCCUUUGGUGAUAAUAUAAAAAGUGGGUAGAUGACAUUGCUCAGAAAAUAAGAAACAUUCAGGCUCUGGAGAGUAGCUCUGGUUGAUUGUUGUGCAGAAGACACUGCAAGGUGGGGAGACCCCAGACUGGGUGUGGGGUGCCUGUGCCCUCCCCACAGCACAUGGGGUGUCAGCCUGGGCUGAGUGCACCCCAGGGCCCGUGCACUGGAGCAGCCAAGGCUCCACAGCCCGGCUGUGUUGGCCAAGGUGUGGGGGGAAGCCUGUGCCAUCUUGCUCUUCUCAGUGCUGCCGCCACUGUGGGGACCCGGAUGCUCCAGUCAACACGUUCCUUCACGGUCCAGCAGAGACAGCUGGGUUCUUUCCACCUGUUGCACUGGGAGUAUUUUCAUUGAAGAAUGUGUCUUGCUUUGUUAAUUAAAAGCAGUUGCUAUCCAGGCACCAGCUUUUGCAAAGAAAAUUGGGAUUUAAGGAAGAAAGCAUGUGAUUUUCCCUUGGUUUAAACCUCUGCGCUGCUAGCAGACAGCCAUGCUUGCUAAAUGCUGAAAUGAAAAUACGCACUUCCUCAGCAGAUGAGCUUGGACUUCCCAGUGCUCAACAGCAGUCAUGUACUGCUGCCUAAGGAAGCUGUGGAUGCCCCAUCGCUGGCAAUGUCCAAGGCCAGGCUGGAUGGAGCCCUGAGCAACCUGGUCUAGUGGAAGGUGUCCCUGGCCACGGCAGGAGGGUUGGAGCUAAGUGAUCUUUAAGGUCCUUUCCAAGCCAAACCCCUCUAUGAUUCCAUGUACAAUCCCAGAGCUGUGUCUCUCCCUGGAGCUCAGGGCUUGUUCAGCCUUUUCCACAUCCAGCCCACCACCCUCACACAGUGUGAGAACAGCACACAGCAGUUUCUACUCGAGAUGACGGAGUGUAGGAUUCCUGCUGGUUAUCCCAUAGCUCCCUGCAAAGCUUGAAAGCUUCAGUGAUCUGCCCUCACCCCAGAAAAAUUCUCAUAGAAUUAGAGCAAGUAAUUGAUAUGUGUGAGUGAACUGCAGAUGUGUUACCAGUAAAAUGUGUACAGUACAUGUUAUAUAUACAUACAUAUAUAUACACACACACUGUGCUGUCUGUCUUGUUUGGCUGUCCCAAGGAUGUCACAUUCCUCAUGGGUCUCAAUAAAACCAGAGUCAAAUGAGGCAUGCAUUGUUUUGUAUGUUGUCUUUUGUACUUCAGUAACUUUGAGUCAGCAAGAAUAUUGCCAUGGUAUACAAAUAGUUCUUCAAGUAAUUUGUUCUUGAUUACUUUAUGUAAAAUAGCUCUAAUAAACCAAUUCUAUUCUUAUA